AUGGCUGAUUUUGAAGAUUGUGUGCCUUUCUUGCGUGAGCUGGUAGAAAGAAUUCGCUCUUUGACCAUAUCUAAUAAUGGAUCCUUCAAAAGCUAUUCUAGAGACAAUAGCGAAGAAGGACUGACAGCUAAAGAGGCUGUUAAUUUAAACGAAUUUGAAAAGUACCCUAUCAGCGUCCUUCCUCUUCUGCAAAUAGCCACUGAGUAUGAGAUCCUCUCAAGUGAUUUGCCAACUACUCUUUUAUCAUUUUUAAGAUCACAGUCUCCUUGCCUUGUGAGGCUCACUCUUUCAAAAGUCUUUGGUUCCGCGACUGGCAUUUUGGUACGAAAGCUGGUAAAGGCUCUGGAACUGAUUGAAUGUCUCCCGAUGCUCAUAUGUCAGCUGGAGAGCUUCCACAAUGUUUUCAUCACCUGCAAUCUGCAGAUAAAACCUGAGCUAUACCAUUGUAUGAAGUCCACGAAGCAGAAUCUAGGUAGUCUUCAAUUUGGUCUGUUACAUUUAAAAGUGAAUGAUCAGUCCAAACAGACGAACAGCCAAGACGAAAUUGAUUUUACUUCAGUAGAAUCCAACAAACAGGACCUGGUCAGCACAUACCAAGCCAAUGCCCAUCUCCUUGCCAGAGUCGGUCAGCUGGAAAAGUGUGACGAGGAGCCAAGUCUGUCGAUGUUUACAGAAACCUUCAGAAUGGAUGUUUUUGCCUGGUUGGGCAGCAACGGUGCUCGAGGUGCUAGGAGAAAUAUAUCCGGUCCUAUUGAGAUGCUGUCCCAAGCAAACUAUCCCAUGCAGCCUGAUUUCGCACACCCUCUUAGAUUACACGGACUAGUUCGGAUUGCUUGUUCUGAUGAGAUCAUCACUAGGCAGGCCCCUCUAAUUUUGUCCCUUCUACUUGAACGACCCUCAUCACUCAUCCAUAACUCUAAACAAGAGCUUACCUGCCUCACCUUGACAAAGAACGAGGUGGUUACCCCACCUCUUGACGGAGUUGAAUCUUGCAAUUUGGUUACGGUGGAGAAUCGGGCGACUAGUAGUAAUACAACUGAUGAAAAUUUGUUCCUAAUGGCAGAUAACCCAUUCUGUCACGUAUCUGAUAUCCAUGCUCAUGCAUUCAACUCAGUCUCUGGAAUAGCUGAAAGUAAUCUCCUGGAUUCAUGUACAGAGGCUUUUUGGAGAGGUCUUACCACAGUCUCUCUCUUGCCCCGUAAGAUCCGUCUGCCCUCUCCAUGGUUCACAUAUUUCACUCCAUCCUUGCCACCCCAUCUGUGCCACUCGAGGCGUUAUUCGCCCUCCCCUGCAUCGGAGUGA